UUCGCUACCUGCCCCUCCAACUGUGUGCUCACCACAUCGCGAUAGGAUUCGUAUAUUUUCAGGGUCGAUGUACUGUCGCCUCGACAAGCCGAGGGCACUUCUCAAAUUCCAUGGACGAACCCGUACAACACGAUCAGGUCAGCCCGAAUGGCCUGAUCCUUAAGCGCAAAGUGCGGGAUGCGUUGCAAAGGGAAGAUGAUCUCGACUCUCCUGGGGGUCGAAAGAGAACGCGUGGCGAGGGAGGUCGCCACAAGACUCGUGCAGACAGCUACGGAGGCUGCAGGUGGCCAACUUGUGGCUCUCGUGUACCCGAUGGCAUUGCACCCCCUGGCGUUGGGGCCCAGUCCGCUCGGAAUGCUCACUAGCGCAGUGGAUGACAUACCAUCACGUUUAUAUCAGUUUAGACGGAUAUUUCAGUUAGGACUCCUCUAAAAUGUAAUAAAUGCGCAAGGCCAAG